AGCACCGAUGUUUUAAUACUUUCAACACUACUAUAUAACAAAUAAUUUGAGGAGAUGUCAGAUGAUAGUGAGCCAGGUGAAAUCAAGAGUCCUGAUCUGACAUCAAUUAAUCGCUCAAAGCGUUCAACAGAAGACAAAAGAAGCUAUAAAGCAGAAAAGAAGAUAAAACUCGAGAAAGAUUUCAGUAAGCUAGGAAGAGACGAAUAUAAGGACUACAGAAAAGAAGAUUACAGAAGAGAAGAUAGGUCAGCCUAUGAUAGGGACAGGAAAGAAUAUGAGAGAGAUCAUAGGAGAGAAUAUGACAAAGAAGAUCGAAAAGACUAUGAUCGUGUGGACAAGCGAGACUCAGAAUAUUACCGGAAGGACGAUGCUGGGGGUAAAAGAUCCAGUGUAAGAGAUGAUCACAGGGUAAUGCCAAGAAAGGAGGAAUUAAGGGAAGAAAAAAGAAAAGACGGCUCAUUAAAAGAGAAACCGAAAGUGAAAGAAGAGAAAGCAUCAAAGAAAAGAUCAGAUGACGAACGAGAACGAGUGAAGACAUCUAGAGAGGAAGAAAUUCGCGAAGAAAUACGGAGUAUUACUGAAGAAAUACAGAAAGACAAGCGGAGAGAUACAGUAUCUCCCAGUUCUUCUUCAGACAGAAAAGAGAAGAAAGAUAAGAAGGAUCCUGUAAAGAAGAAAAAGAAAGAGGGACGAAAGAAUAAAGAAAAGCAGCCAGCCUCAACCCAGGAGAAGUACGAGCAACUUUUAAAAGAGAAAUUAUCUGGUCCAUCACCACAGUCACCAGAGGAGGUUACAAUCAGCAGCGCCACUGUCUCCACCAUGGCAGCCAAGAAGAAGAGUUUACUUAUUGAUAGUUCAGAAAGCAGUGAUAAUGAGGGGUCUGAUGAAGACCUGGUAGAAGCUGAACCCUCCCCAGUAGCCCUGCGUCCCACUCCCUCUCCCUCACCUCCUCCUGACCCCCUCGCUGGAUUACCUCCUUAUUACCCUGCUCUCCAAGGCUGCAGGAACGUUGAUCAUUUUGAAUAUUUGAAUCGUAUAGAAGAAGGAACCUACGGGGUGGUGUUCCGAGCACGUGAUAAGAGAACAAACGAACAUGUUGCACUGAAGAAACUUAAAAUGGAGAAGGAAAAACAGGGAUUUCCGAUCACUUCACUCAGGGAAAUUAAUACCCUUUUGAAGGGCCAGCACGAGAACGUGGUCCAUGUCCGGGAGAUAGUAGUGGGCAGUAACAUGGACAAGAUCUACAUUGUCAUGGACUAUGUGGAACACGAUCUUAAAUCUCUCAUGGAGAACAUGAAGGAACCAUUUCUUAUUGGAGAGAUAAAGACGAUAAUGAGGCAGUUAAUGAGUGGAUUAGCAUUUCUACAUGAUAACUGGAUAGUACACAGGGACAUCAAAUCUUCCAACUUACUUUUCAGUCAUGGAGGUAUAUUGAAGAUAGGAGAUUUUGGUUUAGCACGGGAGUAUGGCUCACCUUUAAAACAGUACACUGAGAUUGUUGUUACACUUUGGUACAGAGCUCCUGAACUCCUGCUCGGUUGUAAACUGUACUCUGUGCCUAUAGAUGUUUGGAGUGCGGGAUGUGUAUUCGGAGAGCUACUUAGUCAGAAACCAUUGUUCCCUGGCAAGAGUGAGAUAGACCAAAUAAACAAGAUUUUCAAAGAAUUAGGAACUCCCAACGAGAGAAUAUGGCCAGGUUACUCUGAACUCCCAGCUACUCAACGUGUCUCAUUCGUCAACCAUCCCUACAACAAAAUUGGAAACAGAUACCCUGUUACUGUACUCAGCAAACAGGGUCUCGCCUUACUUAACAAGUUGUUGUGCUACGAUCCAGCAAAGCGAAUCACCGCUGCUGAAUCAUACGACCACCAAUGGUUUAAAGAAGGUCCAUUACCAGUGGACCCGACUAUGUUCCCAACCUGGCCUGCUAAGAGCGAGAUGAAUGCGAACCCUAAAAAGAAGAUUAAAUCCCCGACUCCUCCCGAGGGUGGAGGAGCUGCUGACAAACUAGAGAACUCUGGAAUCCAGUCUGGAUUUAAGUUCCUUAAUGCACUGCAAGGUUCCAGUGCUAAGGGUCCUGGUUUUAGCUUGAAGUUUUGAUGCUAACCAGAAACUACAAAAGUUGAAAAUUUCAUGAUCAGACUACCCGUGUUGAUAAUCAAAGUAUGAAGGCAGGAUGAGUAAGGGCUCGCCACGUGCUCCAACAGUCAGACUCGCUCCGAUCAUAUUUUAAACUUGAAGCCGCUCCGGAGUCUCCCUGCCUUCUGAUAAACUAGGCAUUAUUCAAGAUAAUUGUUGUUCAUUUGAGGACAACGUGACAAGGAGAUCAACAGACUGAGAUUAUUUGAAGAAC